AACAUUUUCGAUCAUUGUUCCCUUGGCAUCGGUAGACAAACAGACAAGAUGAAGUUGUGGUUUUUCUUUGUACUUUUCGUAGCCAUCUGCGGCAACACCCUCGCCAAGACGGUUGCCAAGGCCUGCAAGCACCAAGCGUUCAGUAACGACAUCCCUGUCGGCAAGACCGUCAUCAUCAACUGUCCCAAGGGUUACAAGGCCGCACCUGGCGCACCAGGCACCCUGAAGUGUAACGAUAAAGGCGAGCUUGAGCCAGACGUGUCGAAAUUCAAGUCUUUCUGUGAUCCCAAAAACUCAUGUCGUGUCCCAUGGAAAGUUUGGUUCAGUAGGCAAGCGUUCCCUACGGUCUUUAAGCCAGGUCAAUAUGUCGAUCUCCCUAAGGCUAUGUGCACCAGCAAGGGGUUCGAAGUCAGUAGUGGUCUUCUGAAUGUGAAAAUGCAACUUAAGUGCGAGAUCAGCGGAAAGUGGAAUGUUGAUGUCCAAAAGCCACCAUGUCUGUCCAAGACUUGCUCUUCUCCUGAGCUUUACCCCCAUUCCACGGUAAACUUUAACAGCCAGAUUGCCCAAUACACGUGCAGUGACGGAUACACGUUCACCAAUGGAAAGAAAUUAGUCGAAAUCGGAUGUGUUAACAAAAAGUGGAAACCAAUGACAGAGAAAUGUGUCAUUCCAGGCCAGAAGGCUGCGCCAGCGACGGAGGAGACCGAAGAGGACGAGCAAGAGGAGACCACGACCACUUCGGAAGAGCCCGAAGAAGAAUCACCAGAGGAAACAACAACAGAAGAACACGAAAACGAAGGGAAUAACGAGGAACUUCCAGAAGAGUCGAAAGAUGAGGAGACUGAGGAUGAGAGUGACCAGCCUGCGGUGGCGACCAAUAUCGCUGAUCCGUCACAGUACCAGGCCUUGGAGAAUAAACAUGGCGGAGGGGCGGCAACAGUCAUGAAGAUUGAUGAAGAAGAGGAGGAGGAAGAAGAAAUCGAAGAGGUCACUGAGGCGAUAGAAGACGCGGAUGAAUGCGAAGUGAAAGCCUUGGAGACCAUGAAGAACCGUCUUUUUAUCCCCCUGACUUACAGGAUGGUCCGCUCGGCGGAGCAAUGUCAAACCGAGUGUGAAAUAUCUGAUACAUGCGCAGCGGUCGGCGUAAUCCUGUACGAAAAGAUUCCAUCCCACCUCCGGCCGUUGCUUGCCACGAAAAUCGGCCCGAAGGACGUUGUCUGCGUCAUCUUUGUCAAUAGUUUGCUUGCAGCUUUCAUUGGUAAGGGACCGAUGUCGGUUCUGAAUCGGCGUUCGACCUACAGUUUCCUGUACGAGAAGGUUUGCAAGCCUGCCAAUAUCACUUCUGAGCCGGAGGAUGGAGAAUCUAAUGUAUGUCCAGGAGUUGGCCGAAAACCAACCAGGGUGGACCAAUACUACACCAUUAGUGGAGCAGCUGGCGCCACCGUUACCGUGAACACGAGGGACAAGUGUGAGGCGCGCUGUAUGACUGACCUCGACUGCACGGCAAUGUGGUACAAACCCCAGUUGAACGCCAGCAACUGCCAACUCUACCACGGAAAAACCACACUUGCAAAACCAAAGGAGUUGACGUUCACAAAGAACUGCGACACAACCGGCGUCUGCGAAAUGAAGGCGUCCAAGUACAAGAUCAGCGGGGAAGCCGAACCGAUGGGCCAGCCCAAUAAGCUCGACGAAUGCAAGCACAGAUGCGUCUCCGAGAAUUGGUGCAAGGGCGUCCGAUGGAUUGGCAACUCCAAGAGGGCAAAGUGUCACUUCCUCAUUGACAGCAAGCCCAAAUUCGAAAAGAACCUGAUCACUGUGUACCCGUGCAAGAAACUAGUUCGCUCGAACGGUUAUUAGGCCGACCAUAUGAUUGGGCAAGACGAAAAAUCCGACAUUCUGAAUUAUUACCAUGUCUUAAAAUUAAUGUCGUUUCCAGCUGGACAAAAACAAACCAAAUUGGAAAAAUCCUGAUUAACCGUAUAUCAGUGCACGCGGUAAUAAGGUCAGCAAUUUUGACUCUGACGGACCGCCAUUUUGAAUCUUUUCAAGGUCAUUUCGGAUUUAUCAAUAUCCAAAUUGAGCCAACAAAAUAAACCCAAUUUUCCCCUCCGAGCUCGCAAAGAAUCUAUGGGACGGGAUAAACUGUAUAAGAUUUAAAGAUUUAUAUCAUGUGUUUCGCAUGGUCAGCGCUAUGUUGCAGUACAGUCCAAAACCGAUUAUUUUCCAAGGCGCGCAUGAAAUGUAAACCCCUCCUGUGACGAAUAAAACGCAAUUCACCACUA